GGCGGAGCCGUUACCCAUUUCUUCCUACUUGUAGGUACUGUAGUAUACCUAGGUAGUUAGUGGGUGGAAGUCAGCCAAAAACUCGCCUACGAGUCGCGAGACGUGGAUGGCCCACUAUCCUCGCGACGACGACGACGACAGUGGUAGCUCGACAGGACGCCCGCAGUCCACUAACGCCGAGUUUCCGCCGUUUGGAACCCGCUCGUCAGCCCGCCCGCCCCGGCAGCAGCAGCAUGCCCCAGCUCUCGAUACAUACUUACCUAACCAGCCCACACCAGCAAAGCUAAGUCAUAGAGCAUCGUCAACUGAAAAGAACCAAACAGCGGCAGCCCAUUGGCAGCACAUCAGGGACGUCUGCGCGGUUCAGCUCCUUCCGCGAUUGAAAAGUCUUGCGCCUGCCGCUUGGGACGCGCCUAAGCCGUGACAGAAGAAGGCUCCGUUGCAUCGCGCCAUCAUCCUGGUUCCCUUACUGAAGCCAAGCGUGGGAUACAUUUCUCAGCCUGUCAUGAUCCGUAUCGU